AUGUCCAACUUCACAUACAUCAACGAGAAGGGUGCUGGCGAGAAGCACAGUGACCUUGGUCACUAUUCUCAGGCUGUCCUUCUGCCCGGAAAUGUCGUUAAGUGCUCUGGUCAGGGUGGCUGGACCCCCACCGGUGAGCUUGACGCAAAUGACUGGAAGCGCCAGAUCGAUCUGGCCUUCGAUAACGUCGACCGUGUCCUGCAGGCUGCUGGCCUGAGAGGAUGGGAGGAUGUCUAUCUCCUCCGAUCCUACCACGUCGAUAUCGGUGCCUCCUGGGAAUACACCGUUGAGAAACUCCGUGCUCGCAUUCCUGGUCACCGUCCUAUCUGGACCGCCAUUGCUGUGCCUCGUUUGGCUUUCUCCACAAUGCUCAUCGAGCUCGAGGUUGAGGCCUACAACCCGAAGGGAUCCAAGGUGUGA